AUGUCCGAGUACACAUCUCCCCUAAUUGGAUACGAAAACGCGGAGCCGCUGCCGACGACGUUCAAUGCGGACGGCAAGUCCUUGUACAACCCUCCAGGCCCCCGCUCCGCCGCAUACGACGAAUUCCCCAAGCCCAUCGACUCUUCUAACAAUGGCUUCGACUUCCAUAUCUAUUACUUGCCCAACGCACCGGAGGAGGCGAAAUACGCGGCAGAGCUGCACGAGCGCAUACGACGGGAGUUCCCAGAGCUGCGCAUCUACAGGUUCUGGGACAAGCCCGUCGGUCCCCACCCCGUGCCCAUGUUCGAGGUGAACGUGUUCAACCCCCACCAGACCGGGACCCUCUUCUCCUGGCUGGUGGUCAACCGCGGACCUUGCUCGGUCCUCAUCCAUCCUAACACCGGUGAUGCGCUCAAGGAUCACACCGAGCUGGCGACUUGGAUCGGGAAGCCAUAUCCGCUCAAUGUCCGCCCACUCAAGCGUUCGCACAACUAG